AUGCCUUGCAGGGUCCAGCUGCUGGCCACCAGCCUCGUCCUCGUUCCUCUCAUGGCAUGGAUCUUGAGCGACUCUCUCCUCCUAUCCGACGUCUCUCCUGCCGUCGGCCUGGGGCUUGUGGAUGGCACUAGCGCCGCCCUUUGGCUGUGGGUCCGGCUAGAUGCAAGAGGGAGUGGUUCGGUGACGUGCGGGGAGAUUGUGGUCAACGUAUCCUGGUGGGAGGUGGACGGAAGGGAGGGCAGCGCUCUGCUACCUCCUUACAGCAUGCAGGCGGCACUGGAAAGCUCGCCGUACAUGCGAUCCUGUGUAGCUACGGUCCGACUUGAUCAGCUUCAGUCAAGGUCGCGAUAUGAGUACAGCGUGACGUUUGCAGUCCCCACUCGAUCGAGACAAGACGUGAGGAGAGGGACGUUCCGCACCUUCAUGAAGCCUGGAGAGUCUGGCAGUUUCAGUGUGGUGUUGGGCAGCUGCUUGCAGAGUAUCUAUGGAGUGCCCAUGUUCAGCCUUGGGCGGCUGAGGGGAGCAGGGGACAUGUUCUUGUUUCUGGGGGAUGCCGUGUAUGCAGAUGCUCCGUUUAACUUCUUCUCAUCUUAUGAGCAUCUCUACACUCUCCUUCUCCGAGAUCCAUACUUCUCCUCUCUGACGUCGACGACACCAUCGGUCUUCAUGUACGACGAUCAUGAGAUCUCCAACAACUGGGAUGGAGGAGAGACCGGGCUCUUUGCUGACGCCAUCGGGAACUGGACCUGGUUCCUGGGGAGGAGGAACAGGGAUGCUCCUCCUGGCUCCCCUCCCCGGGCCAGGUUCUUCUCUUUCAUGCAAGGAGACGUGAGUUUUAUGGUGCUGGACACGAGAGCCUAUCGGAAUACCUCAGCUGGAACUAUGCUGGGAAAGGAGCAGCUGCGCUGCGUUAGGGAGUGGCUCGAGAGCUCCCGGGGGAGCGACGGGGUGAAGCUGAGGGUCAUCGUGAGCUCCGUCCCAUUCACCUUGAACACGGGCAAUUUGUCAUAUGUGCGAUCGGACGGCUGGGCGGGUUUCCAGGAGGAGCGAGAGGCUCUGCUGGGAUGGAUACAUGAGAUGGACGAGCCCGUCCUGUUCCUGUCAGGCGACAUGCAUUGGUCGGCGAUCUUCAUGUCCGGUGGGAUCCUAGAAGUUUCCUCCUCUCCGCUAUUUCAGUUCCCAAUGGAUCCGCGGAUGAGUUCGGUACAAUGGAAUGAAGAACCAAUCUUCUACGCCUCGAUGGGCCUCUUUCACGCUAGGUUGGACUUCAACACAAGCGCGGGGGAAGUGAAGAUUUCAAUCAGCCAGGCCAGUUGGUGGUCAGGCGAGAUCAGGGAGCUGUGGGUCAAGACCUUCACGCUGGAGGAUCUGAAGCCUCGAAAGAAGAAGUCGCAGGCAUUCAGUAAAUCUCCCUGA